AUGUCCGCAUCCUCAUCAUCAGCAACCGUCAGAGCGAAGUCUUGGGGCUACGAUUUAGCUUCGCUACCGACCUUAUCCUCAGCCACUACUGAACUGCUUGAAAGCGACCGAACUGAUGCAGAUUCACCAGCAAUUGUUCCUCUUGUUUCUUCGACUUGUGCAUCUCCACUUGCACUACCACUCGAUACUUCGAAGAUAAAGUUACCAGUAUCAAAUUUAUCUGCCCCAACUUCAUCAAAUGCGACUCAUCGAAAAGGACAGACGGGAAUGAACGGUGGUCGCUGGACGGAUCAAGAACAUCAGAGUUUCUUGGCCGGUUUGCGGCUGUACGGUCGUGAAUGGAAAAAAGUGGCGGCUAAAAUUAAGACGCGCACAUCUGCUCAAAUUCGUAGCCAUGCUCAAAAAUACUUUGCCAAGCUUACGCGCGACGAUGAAUUGCGCAAGCCUAGCGCUCUCCCUACGAUAGUGUCUGGGCCUGCGGGAUACUUAAGCGAUGGUGGCUCCUCCGUUGCACAGUAUAGCGGUGACGACGAUGGUGAUGGAGUGGACGCUUCUCUCCCAAAGGCAUGCAGUCUCUCGACUCGGCAGUUGAAAGAAACUGCUAAUAUUUUAAUAGCUCCUAUGGGCUCGGCAGAUAAUGCCUUUGAUAAGCGAUCAGCGGGGAUUACGAAAAAGAGAUUGCGAACAGCGGUGACAGGAUUUGGUGGUCGCAACGGAAUUAGCCCCACCACAGUACACAAGCAUCAGAAAAGAACAACUGAAGCCUCACAAUUGAUAUAUCUUCCUUCGCAGGAAGAGUUACUAGCAAAAGCGUCUCCAAAUCUUCGUCACAGGUUAUCGAGUCUUAUUGAAUCUGAAUUGUGCGCUCUUCAGGUUCUUUCAUGCCACGCUUUGAUACAGCAGCACGAUCAAAUUGCUACUGCAACAAUACCUGGACUCGUCGCAGAACCGUCCUUCGGUCUAUCUUUUCUACCGUCGAACCCAAUCUUAUCUAGUUCAUCGACUUCUCAUUGA